GCCGUCCUGCGCUCCCCGCACCGGCAUCGGCUCCAGCUCCGCUCGCUCCCGCCCGCCAGCUCCCGCCGCCCGGGAUGAAGGUUCUCCGGCACAAGAUCGAGCUGCUGACAGGGCUGUUGCUGCAAGAGAUGACCAUGGCAGGGCUACAUGAGCUGCGCUUCACUGAGGAGAAGCCACUGCUGCGGAGCCAGGACGCCGAGCUGGACAACUCGGAUGUCUUCCUCUCCACAGAGGACACUGACUGGAAGGAGCAUGACAUUGAGACCCCCUAUGGACUGCUGCACGUGGUCAUCCGGGGCUCUCCCAAGGGGAAUCGCCCGGCCAUCCUGACAUACCAUGACGUGGGCCUCAACUACAAGCUCUGCUUCAACACCUUCUUCAACUAUGAGGACAUGCAGGAGAUCACAAAGCACUUUGUGGUGUGCCACGUGGACGCGCCAGGCCAGCAGACAGGAGCCUCGCAGUUCCCUCAGGGGUACCAGUACCCAUCCAUGGAUCAGCUGGCUGCCAUGCUCCCCAGCGUGGUGCAGCACUUUGGGUUCAAGUAUGUGAUUGGGAUCGGUGUUGGGGCAGGAGCCUACGUCCUGGCCAAGUUUGCGCUCAUCUUCCCUGACCUAGUUGAAGGACUGGUCCUCAUGAAUAUCGAUCCCAACGGCAAAGGCUGGAUUGACUGGGCAGCUGCCAAGCUCUCUGGCCUCACCAGCACUCUGCCAGACACUGUUCUGUCACACCUCUUCAGCCAGGAAGAGCUGAUGAACAACACAGAGCUGGUCCAGAGCUACCGGCAGCAGAUUGGCAGCGUGGUGAACCAGUUCAACCUCCAGCUCUUUCUCAACAUGUACAACAGUCGCAGGGAUCUGGACAUCAACCGGCCUGGGACUGUGCCCAAUGCCAAGACACUGCGCUGCCCUGUGAUGCUAGUGGUCGGAGACAAUGCGCCUGCUGAAGAAGGGGUGGUGGAGUGUAACUCCAAGCUGGAUCCCACCAACACCACCUUCCUGAAGAUGGCUGACUCUGGCGGGCUGCCCCAGGUCACACAGCCUGGCAAGCUGACCGAGGCCUUCAAGUACUUCCUCCAGGGCAUGGGCUACAUUGCCCACCUGAAGGAUCGGCGGCUGAGUGGAGGCUCAGUGCCAUCUGCCAGCAUGACCCGGCUGGCACGCUCCCGCACAGCCUCCCUCACCAGUGCCAGCUCAGUGGAUGGCACCCGUCCGCGUGCCUACACCCACUCGGAGAGCACCGAGGCCAUGGGGCAGAUCAACCACACCAUGGAGGUAUCGUGCUGAGGUCCACGCCUGCCGCAGACAUCUUCUCCAGAGCCAUCUCCUAUCCAUCAGCAUCCCACCAGCACCCGCCUGCCCUGUGAAGAUCCUCCACCAGGGCCCUUGCUCCUUCGGGGUCAAUUUGUCUUCUUGGCCAUUGGCCUCAUCCCUUUGUCUGGUACCAGAAAAGGAGAGGGGUUUUACAUCCCAGCCUCCAGCUCCUGGCUCCGUCCAGCAGUCACCAUGGUUCUGCAUCGGUCCUCACCCUCCCCAGCAUUGGCCUGGCCAUGGGUUGAGAGGGUGGGUGGUGGCGGGGACAGGAUGGAGGAGCAGGGGCAAUGUGGAGAGAUUUGGGAUGGCACAGCAGGACAUGGACAGGACACAGGAGGUAGGUUAUUGCCCCAAUUAUCAACUGGUAUCUGGCCAAGCCAGAAGAAAGAUGGGGACAGGGAGUGGUGCUCACUGGGGGAGGCCACUGGGCCCUUCCCAGAAAUGCAGCUCCCAUUUUCCCCACCAGUCCUCCCUGAGGAGAGCUGGUACAGGAUCCCCAGCACAUCCAGGACCUGCUGUCCUGGAGCUGGCCCAGCAUUGUGAGAAAUCACAUCCCAAACUGUCCCCGUGCCCUGGUCAUGUACCCUGAGGGUUGCCCUGGCGCAGUGGGCUCAGCCCUGCUUCAGAAGCCUCCCACCUCCUCCAGAGGUGGGAGGGUGGCAUUGGGGGAGGUCCCCCUGCCUCUGCCUAUGCUCUUGCCCUGUGGUGGCAUAUCCUUGGUUCCUUGUUGCAAGAAGGACAAUCACCACCUGCCACCAACACCACCCUGGGUUUGGGGAUAAAGGGGAGCUCUCUGCCCUGACUAGCUCAGUCCCUACCACAGCAGCACUUCCACUAACAGCUCUUAGUCAGAGGCCACCGAGUUUGGGAUGCAACAUGGCAAAUCCCCCUCCAGUUUCACCACAGCCUGUGUGUGUCACUGCAGUGGAACCAUGAGCAAUAAGAUGAGACACACCCACCCCGCCUGCAAUGCUGGGACCCAUCAGCACUCUCUGCUCCACAGGGUGCAUCACUGCAGGAUGCUGGCAGUGUGACCAUGGAUGUCGGGAUCUCGUCAGUGGUUGGCUUUGCACACAGAGCUGGCCAGACCCAUCAUGGCCACCCCUGAUCCCCACAUCCCUCCAGUAUCUUGCCUGCGCACUGAGCAGGGCAUCUCUCAAGGGCUUGGCUCUCCUCAAGCUGUGGGGCCCAUCCAGCCACUGGCUCCAGUGGAUCCAGUCUGUCCUGGGCAUGGAGAGCUGUGUCACUGCAUAACCCACCUGGCCUCUGGUGCCAUCCCUGCCCUGCCCUUUGCAGAGCCUGGGUCCUCCCUCACCAGGGGCAGUGGCAAAUGGGUGCUCAAGCCUUCAUGGUGAUUUGUGGGGACCCACUGGUGCCACCAUUGGGGUUAGCAGAACCAGCCCCCAAAGUAACUGCCCCCAGGCCCCAUCCCCACUCUGCAGCAAAGGGCAUGGGGCACCCAGCACACAUACGAGAGCUUUUGGCCGUAAGACCCAUGCCCUGAUCCUCCCCUAUUGAAUAGCCACCCCAAAACACCAGUGUCCCCAUCUGUCCCCACUUGGUUCUGCUGUGUGCUUCCUUCUCAGUGUGACUCUGAAAGCUGUGUAGCUCCUUUUUACUGUAGAUAAUGCUGUGAUCUCGUCUUCUCAGCGUGUCCUUCCAGAUGAUAUAUAUAAAGAUACCUAUAUACAUGA